AUGAGGUUCCAAUCUAAGUCCGAGCAAAAUGAUCAAUCUGAUGCUUCGAGCUUGAGCAGUGGUGACCUGCAAUACACUGCUCAGGCCGGUGCCAACUCCUCUGUGCCAACCUACCAAGAAGCCAGCGGUGCGCCAGUUGAGGUUAAUUCACCGUUGGGAUACUCGGUCGGUUGGAUUACAGUCAUCUUCCUCAACCUCAGCAAGAUGAUCGGAACUGGUGUCUUUUCCACCCCAUCAACUGUCCUCAAAGGCGCCGGAUCUGUUGGUCUGGCAUUGAUCUACUGGGUUAUUGGAUUCUUCAUGGCCGGCAGCUCACUGGCCGUCUACCUGGAGUUUUCCUCAUAUUUCCCGAGUCGGUCCGGCUCAGAGGUGGUUUAUCUCGAACAGGCGUAUCCGCGGCCAAAGUAUUUUCUCCCGACUGUCUUUGCAAUGCAGUCGGUUCUGUUUUCCUUUAGCAGUAGUAAUGCCAUUGGUAUGUAUAUCAGUUCCUGGGUGGAUAUAUCUGACCGAUCAGUCCUCGCGCAGUAUCUUUUUCGACUGGCGGAGGCGCAGCCCACGCCCUGGAAGCUCAAAGGUGUCGCUGUCGCUUCAUAUACCGUUGCAGUGCUAGUUCUGGCAUUCAACACGAAAUGGUCGCUGCGUUUCGCCAAUGCCAUUGGCUUUGUCAAACUAGUCACAUUGAUCUUCAUCGGUAUCACUGGCCUAGUUGUCCUCGGGGGCCACACCAAGAUCGAAGAUCCCAAGGCCAACUUUCGCGACGCCUUUGCGGGUAGCUCCUCUGCCUCGGUGUACGGGGCGACAAAUGCACUGGUCAAGGUAGCCUUCUCGUACGCGGGAUUCGAGAAUGCAUUCAACGUGGUGAAUGAAGUCAAGAACCCGGUCAAAACAUUACGGUGGAGCGCGCCGCUGUCCCUCCUCCUUGUAGCAACACUGUACAUGCUCGCCAACAUCGCCUAUUUAUCCGCCGCAACAAAGGAAGAGAUCCUCGGCUCAAAGGUCAUAGCGGCGAGUAUCUUCUUCCAGAAAGUCUUCGGGACGAGCAGCGCCUCGCGAGCCCUGAACUUUCUGAUCUGUCUCAGCGCAUUCGGGAAUCUCCUUGCCGUUCUCAUCGGGAAGUCCCGUAUUCUCAGAGAAUGCGGAAGGCAAGGUGUCCUUCCAUUCACCAAGUUCUUCACUUCGACUCGUCCAUUCGGCACACCGCUUGGUCCCUACGCGGUGAAAUGGGCCUUGACCGUCCUCAUGAUUCUUGCUCCGCCGGCUGGUGACGCCUUCAAUUUCGUCGUCGAUCUGGGCGUCUACCCCGUCAACGCAUUCGCCUUAAUUCUCGCCAUUGGGCUAUUGCUGACCCGUCGUCACCGCAAGCGGCACAAUAUUCCACCCUCUGAGUAUAAGGCGUGGGACGUGGUCGUCGGCUUCUCCAUCCUCUCGAAUCUGUACAUGGUUGUUGCGCCGUGGUAUCCGCCCACAACGGGGGCCAACGGGGGGGACGUGAAUUUCUGGUAUGCGACGUACUGCGUCGUGGGGUUGGGAAUUAUCGGGCUCUGUGGGGUGUAUUACUACGUUUAUAUCAAGGUGUUGCCGCGGCUGGGUGGGUAUGCGUUUCGGCAGACUGUCCUGCAGAUGGAGGAUGGGGCGACGGCGCAUAAAUUGGUCAAGGUUCCGAACGAGCAAUUGAAUGCCUGGGAUGCUGAACAUGAUGCUACGGGAAGAGAGCGAGUCAAGGAUGAGGCUAUUAGUACGGCUGUUGAUGUCAAGCAUGAAGGCAUAUAG